AUCAGACUUGUUUUUAGAAGCUACUUAUUAGGGAUUUAUUUCAUUAAUGUAAUAACUGAUACUAUUUAUUUUUUCGUAAUACUUUCAGUCUUAAACCGAACAAUGCUUGGAAUGCAUGUCUAAAUAAAUAGAUGAAUUCUAAUUGCAACUCAUUUAAACAAAAGAAACAAAACCAAUUCCGUGCUCGGGAUUUGACUGUUUGAAAAAACUAUCUAUAUAAUAUGUAUUAAUUCAUUGUAUGGGUACUAAGUUAUAAACCAUUUAAAAAAUUCUGCAGUCAAAAUUUUGCAGUUUUUUUACAAAAUGGUAAUUAUAUGAAUUCAGUGUGCUGAAAGUGUUAAAUGUUUAUCUUCUACAUUAAAUUCUUAUACUAUCUAUAUUUUCAGACUGUUAGAUUAGAUAGAUCUGUUUUUCAAAAGUGUAACCAUUUAUUGUUUUACGUAAAUAAGAUCAAAAGUCAAAAGUAACGCUUUAUGCAAAUAUUAGUUCUAAUUACAUUUUAUUUUGAUUCUAAUUCUAAAAAAAAUUAUUUUAGAAAUUUUACUUUACCCAUUAUUGUUUAUUGUUAUUAGCACAGUAACUGUUAUCACCGGGGGAAGAAUGUUAAACUGAGGGCAUGUUAUAUCCAUCAGUCAAAUCUUAUCUUUUCUGCCUGCCGUUAUUGCCUAACGACUUAAAAAGUUAUACAGACCCAUGAAACCAAUCAUUUAGUAACUUUGUUCCGUUCAAAUCAUGUCGCCGCUCUUGAUCAUAAUAUUUACACUUCUUUUAAUAUAUAAACUAUACAGAUUUGCUUAUGAUAAACCGCCUAAUACACCUCCAGGUAUUAUAAGAGUUCCGAUAGGAGGAUCCUACUGGCUAUUGUUAUGGGGAAACUAUAAAUUUCCACAUCUGACCUUCGACUAUUAUGUCAAGAAAUUGAACUCGAAGAUUAUCAGCUGCUAUAUGGGUAGCUUCUUUGUAGUAAUAGUGAACGAUUAUGAAAGCAUAAAACAAGUACUCGGUCGAGAUGAAUUUGAUGGGCGAGUUACGAAUGUGGAUUUUAUGAAAGAUAGAGCUUUCGGAAAAGAAUUAGGUAUUUUUUUUGUCGACGGUCCGAAAUGGCAUGAACAGAGAAGAUUUGCCCUCCGUCAUAUGCGCGACUUUGGAUUUGGUCGACGCCAGGAGAAGCUUGAAAGCGAAAUCAUGGAUGAGAUGUCUUUACUCCUCGAUAUAAUGAAAAACGGACCUAUUUAUGAUGAAGAGAAACAAAUAUUGAAGGGUAAUUUAGCGCUCUUCCCGGAUAUUCUAUACGCGUCGACGGGUAACAAUAUAUGGAACGUUAUGUUCGGUCAUAGAUUUGAUAGAAGCGAACACGAUAUACCUCGACGUCUCUGUCGUGCGGCUGUUUUGUUCGCAAAGUCAAAUGAUACAACCGGUGGUGCCAUUUUGCAGCAUCCGUUCUUAAAACACUUCGGUAAUAUGUUCGGCUACAAAAACCAUAUAAAGGCAAGCAAUACGUUAAAUAAUCUUGUCAAGAAAUAUCUGAUACGUCAAAAAAAUUUUAUGAGCGAGAAUGAUGAACGCGGAUUCACCGACAGAUACCUAAAGAAAUUAAACGAAGACGACAAGUCGGAUAAUUUCACAGAAGAACAAUUAAUCAUUCUAUUAGUUGAUUUCAUGUUGCCCGCUUUUAGUGGGAUACCAGGCGUUAUUACCCAUAUUCUGAAAUAUUUAAUGCAUCAUCCCAGAAUAAUGGAAAAAGUAAAAAAUGAGAUAGAUAAUGUUAUUGGAAUCGGACGAUUGGCUACAUGGGAAGAUAGAAAAAAUUUGUCUUACUUGGAGGCAGUAAUACGAGAAACGUUAAGAAUUGAAACAAUCCUACCUCUUAGCAUAGUUCGUAGAUGUACAAAAAAAACCACUUUAGGCGGCUACGAGAUAGCUGAAAACACUCCAAUUUUCGUUAAUUUGGCAGCGAUGCAUCAUGAUCCUGACUUGUGGGGCGAUCCUGAAGUUUUUAGACCGGAAAGAUUUCUGAAGGAGGAUGGGCAAUUAGCCAAAGAUUUUUCACUUCCUUUUAGUUUCGGUCAUCGAUUAUGUCCAGGUGAAACUUAUUCUAGAUAUAACAUAUUCGGGACAUUGGUUCUUUUGCUACAAAACUUCAACUUUUUUUUCGUUGAGGGUCAGCCAUCGAGCCUCGAGGAUAAGGAUUCGGGUAUAGUCGUCCUUCCCAAAGAUCUAUGGAUACGUUUCGAAUCACGUUAAUAUUUGUUAUUUAAUUAUUUUAUCGACAAGCAAUCUUCGAAAUCAAGCAACGUCGGCGAUGAUUGACACUUGGAUGUGUAACCGUUUUUUCAGAUACAGAGAUUAAAAACAUGCUUUAACAGAUACGACUGUAGCUUCAUCUGUCCUCUAAAGCCGUGUGUUUUACCGACAUUCUGUUUAAUCACUUAAUUUCGAAUUGAAUUUACAGAAUUGAUA